ACUUGUCUCCCCAUUUUAUCUCAUCACACAAACAGACAAGUCUCUCCCAUCUGGAUUUCGAUUCUUUACCUCGAGAUUCAAUUCCAAGUCUGCAGUUCAGAUCCUCUCAUUAACUGAAGAAAAUGUCUGGACGUGGAAAGGGAGGCAAGGGUCUGGGAAAGGGAGGAGCCAAGCGUCACCGUAAGGUUCUUCGUGAUAACAUUCAAGGUAUCACAAAGCCUGCAAUCCGCCGUCUUGCUCGUAGGGGUGGGGUCAAGCGUAUCAGUGGUUUGAUCUAUGAAGAGACUCGUGGUGUACUCAAGAUCUUCCUUGAAAAUGUUAUAAGAGAUGCUGUGACCUACACCGAGCAUGCUCGCCGCAAGACUGUCACUGCCAUGGAUGUGGUGUACGCACUCAAGAGGCAGGGAAGAACUUUAUACGGGUUCGGUGGUUAGGGCUUUUAAUUUUAGAAUAAUAUUGCUGUCAAGAAAUUUGCGUUUUUUGGGGAUUGUAAUUAGAUUGGUAAUUAGGGUUUUUAGGUACUGUGUUGUAAGUAAAUUAAGGGUUUGGGUUAAUGGAUUUGACUUUGGGUUUUUGUUUGGAAAUGGAAUGGUGAUGUUCUCAAAUUUUGAUGGGCUCUUUGCUUUUUACUUAAUGGUUUGGACUUUCUGUCAA